GCGGUAAAGGCGGGCCCGGCAGUCGGCGCCCGGCGCCGUGCGGGGUGGGAUGUCCCGGUGCGCGGCUGUGCGGGACGCGAUGUCUGUAUCCUCAGCCAUGGCGCGGUUGCCUCUCCUCCUGUGCGCCGCAUCGGGGCUGCUGCUGGCGGCCGUGGCGGCCAUCCCGCCGCCCGAGGAGGCGGCGCGCAUGGCGCGCUACGUCCUGCACAGCUGCGACUGGGGCGCGCUGGCCACGCUGUCGGCGCAGGAGGGGCUGCGCGGCCGCCCCUUCGCCAACAUCUUCUCCCUCAGCGACGGCCCGCCCGGGCCCUGCGGCGGCAGCGGCGUGCCCUACUUGUACCUGACCGACAUGGAGAUCUCCGUGCAGGACCUGGAGGUCAAUUCAAAUGCCUCCUUGACUGUGUCUUUGGCACAGACUCCUUACUGCAGGAAGCACAAAUAUGAUCCCCAGAACCCCCUCUGUGCCCACAUCAUCUUUGUUGGGAGCAUUGUAAAGGUGAAUGAUUCAGAAGCAGACAUAGCCAAAAAAGCAUUAUUCACUCGCCACCCUGAAAUGGAAAGUUGGCCCAAGGAUCACAAUUGGUUCUUUGCCAAAUUCAACAUCACCAAUAUUUGGGUCCUGGACUACUUUGGUGGAUUGAAAAUUGUGACACCAGAAGAGUACUACAGUGUCAAGCCUUAGUGGAAGAAGAUCCUUGGUGAUGCUGAUAUGGAAAUGAAUGGCUUUGGCUGUUUCGUGAAAGACUUAUUUUUUCUAUGUAGUGUAGAGCUGAAUUAAUAAUAUAAUAAAUCAAACACCUUGCAUUGUUAAUGAGCAUGUAUUACUCUUAUGAAGCAGAUUGAACUUCUCACUAACUUGAUUCAUGUCACAAUGAAAAACCUUUGUGCAUAAGCAAUAACUAAAUUGUACCCACUGGAUGUGAAUUUGGAAAGGUGUCUGACAGUGUGCAUUCAGAAAUGUUGUGUUUACUGGAAUCUAAAGGAUUAGUCCAGUUCUAAAGUGCCUUAUUUAAAUAAUGUUUCUGAGCACUUUUCAAUAUUAUUUUUAGUAGCAGUUUAGUUUAGAAUUUUAUGGUGAAGUUCUACAGGAUGGCUCUGCUGAUGGAAUGGAAAGCAUUGUCUGUAUUACAGUGACAAAGGAUGUGCUGAGUUUCCAAAUCCUGUUAAGAAUUUUCUCUGCACAUUGAUAAACUCACUUUUUGGAGCCAUUUUUCUGUUUUAUGGAAUGUGCUGUAGAAUACAGUUGUGUUCAUGCCAGCUGUACUUAUACCUCAGGAUGAGUUCUUGGUAAUUCCUCAGCUGAUUAUGUGCCCUGACUCUGUAAUAGAAGCAGAUCUGUAGUACCUAAAAUAUCUGACUCAAGAAGAGUAGUGUCUUGUAAAUUCAGUGAGAAUGGUGUGA